AUGCUUGAUGACAUCAAACUCUCGAUAUUUGAGAAUAUCAUCAACAGAGACUCUGGAGGAGACGAGCUUUUGCAGGAGAUUCUAGAUUGCAACCACUCAUUCACUCAACUGCCGUCGGAAAUCUGCUACUUUACCAAGGAUGGAGACGAAUUGAAGUUCAACGACACGGCUGGUUUGGAUGUGAUUGGUAUCCCCAUUGGUGCAAGUACCUCUACCAACAAACGGCUGAGUAAAAAGACGCUGCUGCAACUGUACGAGCCCAUUGUAGGAGCACGUUUAACUGAAGGAUUCGAUGCGUACACUCACCCUUCACUCGACCAGAUUUAUCUGUUGGAAGACUUGUUCAAGGCGUUGAAGCACCAGGUCAGCAGUGGCAAAUUGCUGUUGAAAGAUCUCAAAUUCAUCACCUUGCGAAGACACUUGCAGAAACUAAUGAACGUUCCUUUGAACAAACAACCAAUCCAGUUCAAUGUGAUUUAUUGGAACGGACUCAUCUUUUUCAUCUACGACUGGGAGGCAGAAGAUGCCGCUCAAAAUGAAGAAGACCAGUUUUUAAGAAUGUUGCAGUAUUCGGGCUUCCGCUUUGAAAAAGUAUUGACCCGGUCGGAUACUGAACUGAAAUACUACACAGUUGUCAACCAUAAAGUUGGUGAUACACCUGUGACGUACUCGGCUGAAAUUGACUGUGGGAUAGACAAGUGCUCCGGGUUGGACAAUUAUGUCGAGUUGAAAACCCAUUUCAAAGUCUUGGACGACAGAUUAAGGACUCUCAACAAACUACAUCGCAAGCUCAUGUCAUUGUACUGUCAGAACAAGUUUGUCUCGUGUGAGCAUUCCGUGAUUGGCUUUAGGACGGCUGAUUUCAACCUCGCGUCGGUAAAAAAAUACACCGACUUGGAGUUGAAGGGUCUACUACGAAGCUCGCCCAUCUUUUUGACUCAUGGUUGCUUAAUAAACACAAGACACAUUUUCCAGUGGUACAAUUUAGUAAUCAGGUGGAUAAGCGAGAGGAAAAUCAUCGAUACCGAGCCCAAGAUAUUCACGUUGUGCUUUGAAAGAGCUGAAGAGUUGAUGGACUCAAAGUUGAGUCUCAAGCCCGUGAACCCGGCAGAAUCCAAUAGGAUCUUCAACAACAGUAUCCCUAAAUGGUUUCAAGAUUUCAUUAAACAUAAAUAG